AUGCGUGUCUCAACUCCAGGCAAUUCGGUGCUUGCUGCGUUGCUGCCCUUAGCGGCAGCGCUCCCGCCUGGGGGGAACCGUACCAGCAACAAUUCAUGGAACCUCAAGAACUUCAAGAGCUUGGUUGCGUUCGGAGACAGCUACACCGACGAGGGCAGAUUGAGUUACUUUGGCACACACAACGGGACCGCGCCGCCCGCGGGCUGGGUCGAGCCAGUGGGCAACUCGACCUCGACGGGGGGCUACAUCUGGCCGCGCUACGUCGCCGACUACACGGGUGCCAACGUAUACAACUACGCCGUCAGCGGCGCGACGUGCUCCAACGCCAUCAUCUCGCGCAUCUGGGACGGCAUCAACGCGCCCUUCCCGGACGUAGCAGGGUACGAGGUGCCGGCCUUCCUGGCCGACAAAGCGCUCCCAGGCUUCCUCGAGCUGCCCGCCGAUGAAACGGUCUUCAGCCUCUGGAUCGGCACCAAUGACAUCGGCAGCAAUGCGUUUCUGACGGACAGCCAGCCAGCCGGCCUCACGCUGUCCGACUACCUGGACUGCGUGUACGCGCAGCUGGACCGGCUCUACGCGGCCGGCGCUCGCUUCUUCGUCCUCAUGAACCUGGUCCCGCUGCAGCUGAGCCCGCUCUACGCCCUCGAGGCUAAUGGCGGCGUCGGCGGAUACCAGAAUACGACUGAGACGAGCUUCCGCAUGUGGGAGCAGGUCGUGCUGACGAAUGAUGUGUAUGAGUACCGUACGCCGUAUGAGUUCCUGCUCAAGAAACGCUAUCCCGGCGCGCAUGUCGCGCUGUUUGAUAUGUACAGUUUGGUCAACGACAUGUACGCCCACCCCAGCGCCUACUUCAACGGCACGGCGCCCCUGAACGUCACGGGCUGGAUCAACCACGACGGCGCGACGCUGCCGCCGCAGCAGCGCGACAGCUUCCUCUGGUACGACUCGCUGCACCCGUCGGAGCAGGCGGACCGGGUGUUUGCGCGCGAGUUUGUGGGCGUGGUGGCGGGGGAGAGUCGGUGGGCGAGCUAUUGGUAG